AUGUCGAAUAACAUCAAGGUCGUCUGUCGUUUCCGUCCGCCCAACGCCAUCGAGCAGCGCGAGGGAAGCGACAUUGUCGUCGACUUCAGCCAGGAUGGCACCCUUGUCAAGAUGACCCGUGGUGCAUCCACUUCGGGUCCCGAGGCCGGUGGCUUCACCUUUGACCGCGUCUUCCCCAUGAACACGAUGCAGCGCGAUGUGUUCGAAUUCGGCAUCAAAGAGACCGUCGACGACGUUCUGAACGGAUACAACGGCACCAUCUUCGCCUACGGUCAGACCGGCUCCGGUAAAACCUUCACAAUGAUGGGCUCCGACAUCGACAACGACAACAUGAAGGGCAUCAUCCCACGCAUCACCGAGCAGAUCUUCGAAAACAUCAUGGCCAGCCCGCCCCACCUCGAGUACCUCGUCAAAGUCUCCUACAUGGAGAUCUACAUGGAGAAGAUCCGCGAUCUCCUUGCUCCUCAGAACGACAACCUCCAGGUGCACGAAGAGAAGAAUCGUGGCGUCUAUGUCAAGGGCCUCUCGGACUUUUACGUCGGCGGCCAAAGCGACGUCUACGAGAUCAUGCGCCAGGGUGGCUUGGCGCGUGCCGUCUCCUCGACCAACAUGAACGCCGAGUCGUCUCGAUCCCACUCCAUCUUCCUCAUCACCAUCCAGCAACGCAACACCGAGACCGGCAGCGCCAAGACCGGUAACCUCUACCUCGUCGAUCUCGCCGGUUCCGAAAAGGUCGGCAAGACCGGCGCCAGCGGUCAAACGCUCGAGGAGGCCAAGAAGAUCAACAAGAGUCUGUCGGCGCUCGGCAUGGUCAUCAACGCCCUCACCGACGGCAAGUCCUCCCACAUUCCCUACCGUGACUCCAAGCUCACGCGUAUCCUCCAAGAGUCGCUCGGUGGUAACUCGCGCACCACGCUCAUCGUCAACGCCUCGCCAUGCGUCUACAACGCCGACGAGACGCUCUCCACCCUCCGAUUCGGUGUGCGUGCCAAGAGCAUCAAGAACAAGGCCCGAGUCAACGCAGAACUCUCCCCCGCCGAGCUCAAGGCGCUGCUCAAGAAGGCCAAGGCCGACAACGAGCGUUACCAGCAGUACAUCGCCAAUCUCGAGGCCGAGCUCAAGACGUGGCGCUCGGGCGGCAAGGUGCCCGAGUCCGAGUGGGCCGACGCGUCCAAGGUGGUCGUUGGCCAAGGCGCUCCUGUGGCCGCUGCUCCCGCUUCCACCCCAUCUCUGACGCCCAGCACCCAGUCGCGCCCCCUCACGCCUGCGGUGGAGAAUCUGCGCGAGCUUGCGUCGCGGCCCGAGACGCCAUCGGUGGUGUCCAUCGACAAGGACGAGCGCGACGAGUUCCUGCGCAGAGAGAACGAGCUGAGCGAUCAGAUCGCCGAGAAGGAGGUGGCGCUCAAGUCGGCCGAGGCGUCACUGCGCGAGGCUACGCAGGAGCUUGCAUUCUACCGCGAGCAGGAGGCCUCGCUGUCCAAGGACAACAAGUCAAUGACCUCGGAGAUCAACGAGAUCAAGCUGCAGCUCGAGCGCGUCACCUAUGAGCACAAGGACGCCACCAUCACGCUUGACAUCCUCAAGGAGCAGAACAAGGACCUCUCGGCCGAGCUCGAGGAGCUGCGCAAGUCGCUUGCCGACACCGCGAAGAGCGCCAAGGACCCUUCGCAGGAGGGCAAGGAGCGCAAGAAGGCCGAGCGCAUGGCGCAGAUGAUGGCCGACUUCAACCAGGGCAUCGUCUCGGAGAAGGAGGAGCAGAUCCGCGAGACACUCGCCAAGCUCGAAAAUGCCGGCAGCGCCGGUUCGGGCGCGCUGUCGGCCGACGACCUUUCGAUGCUUCGCGAACAGCUGCUCGACUCGCAAAGCCUGGUGCGCGAGCAGACGGAGCGCGUGCGCCAGGCGCAUGAGGAGAAUGAGCUGCUCCACCAGCGUCGCCAGGAGCUCGAGAGCCGUUUCGCCACGCUCGAGGCCGAGUACGAGGAGCUGCUCGACAAGUCGCUCAAGGCCGAGGAGGCCAACCACGUCAACGUGGACGUCACCGUCGAGGACCUCAAGGCGAAGCUCGAGUCGCAGUACGCCUCGAAGCGCGAGGCGCAGGCAAGCGAGAUCACCGACCUCAAGCGCCAGAUGGAGCUCAAGGCCAAGGAGAUCGCCGUGCUCACGUCGAGCAACGACAACCUCAAGAGCACCAAUGAGGAACUCAAGCGCGCGUUUGCCGUCACUACGGCGGGCGUUGAGGGCGGGCGCAACCUCGCCGAGUCGGCGCGCGAGCUUGAACGUGUGCGCAAGACCAUGGCCGCGCAGCUGUCCGAGUUUGACACGAUGAAGAAGUCGCUCAUGCGCGAUCUGCAGAACCGAUGCGAAAAGGUGGUCGAGCUCGAGAUUUCGCUCGACGAGUCGCGCGAGCAGUACAACAACGUGGUGCGCAACAGCAACUCCAAGGCGCAGCAGAAGAAGAUGGCGUUCCUGGAGCGCAACCUGGAGCAGCUGACCAACGUGCAGAAGCAGCUGGUGGAGCAGAACAGCAGUCUCAAGAAGGAGGUCUCGAUUGCCGAGAGGAAGCUGCUGGCGAGGAACGAGCGCAUCCAGGCGCUCGAGCAGCAUCUCAUGGACAGCCAGGAGAAGCUCAUGCUGCAGAACCGCAAGUUCGAAGAGCAGCUCCAGGCGGUCAAGGAGAGGCUGCACCAGGCGAACCAGAUGCGUGGGCCCGCAGCGUCGGCAGCGCCAGGUCCGCUCGGCGGAUUCGGCAGGAUCGCAAAGCCGCUGCGCGGCGGCGGACCCACGGCUGGACCCCAGCCGGGCUCGGUCGCGGCAAGACAGGCGGCGUUUGGCGGUGCAGGUGCGAAUGACAACUCGCCAAAGGCAAGGUCGAGCUGGUUCUUCUCGUCCAAGUAG